GUGUUUAUUUUGUGGUUAAUUACAAUAAAAACAUAUCGCAUCUUUGAAGCGGAUACCGUGUGACAGCCCACUUACGCGCGUGUAUAAACGCGAAUAAAGUUUGCAUUCUUAUCGGAAACUGACACUUGAGUGGACUAUUUUAGGCAAUUGGAAAGGUAGCAAAAAUUCAGUCAUAAUUCCACCUUAAGACUACCACGAGUGAACAUAACUCUACAUGUCAUAAAAAAUAUAAAACAAACGGCCUAGUUCUAUUGAAUUUGGAUAAUUAUGGGAGCCAAACAGAAACUCCCUGGCGAUCCCUUGCGCAUAAAAAUCGGUGGUAUCCCAUCCAAAAGGCAACCCCGAAACCGAGUGACUACCACUAAGUAUAAUUGGUUAACUUUCCUGCCCAUUAAUUUUUACGAUCAGUUUCGGCGCGCCGUUUACUUUUACUUUUUAAUCAUAACCAUCAUAUCGUUCUUCGUAAAUGACACUAUAUCUCCGCUCGUCUCGCUUCUGCCCUUGCUGUUUGUUAUGGUCCUUACAGCGCUAAAAGAGGGUUUAGAGGACCUUUCCAGAGCCAGAAGUGACAAAAUGUUCAAUUCAGCCAAAGUUACUGUUAUUCGGAAUGGCAAUGAACAAGUAAUUAGUUCUGAGUUUAUUAUGCCCGGCGAUCUUGUGAUAGUGACGAGUGAUAAUGACGUACCGUGCGACCUAGUCCUGCUUCAAUCUUCGGGACUAGAAAACAAAUGCUUUGUGAUCACAGCAAACCUGGACGGCGAGACGAAUGUGAAGACGAUAUUCGCUCCAGCGAACUAUGAGCUUUUCUCUGGGAACCCUUCGAGAAAGGAGACCAUUGUGUGCGAAAAAUCAUCCCCUGACCUUUACAGUUUUAAUGGCCGUAUAGAAAUGGACCCGUGCAGCGAAGCCGGAAACGUCAACGACAAUGGCGUCUUACCCCUGACCAUCGACAACCUUCUGCUACGCGGCGUCCGUGUCCAAGGAACAGAUCGGGUAAUAGGAUGUGCCAUUUACACGGGAAUGCACACUAAAUUGCAACUGAACAGCCGGUACACUGGCAACAAGUCAGCUUCCAGCGAGAGAUACAUCAACAAAUUCAUGGUGGUGCUCAUCGUGGGGAUGAUUUUGGUGGUGUUGGUUCUGUAUCUCAUCCAAAGAAACAAAGAGUCCAAAAUUGUACCAGCCAUGCCCCACUUAGGACCCCCCACGGACUUCAAUUCCGCUUGGCAAAUCUUCGAGGAUUUCCUUUCAUUCCUACUUCUUUUUAACUACAUGGUACCGAUUUCUGCGUACAUGAAUAUCGAAGUUUAUCGGGUUUUUGGUAGCUAUUUUAUGCACCACGAUCUCCACCUUUAUGAUGAGAAGAGCGACCAACCCUGUGAGGUCAAUUCUUCCAACUUAAAUGAAGAGCUUGGCCAAGUGAACAUCCUUUUCUCUGAUAAAACAGGAACACUCACCAAGAACCUGAUGAAAUUCGUUAAGUGCUACGUAUCUGAGAGAAGUUUCCACCUAGAAGGCGCCAAGCUUUUGUUGCCUGAAACUGGAGAGCAUUUGGAUUUGACCAGUUUUGGGGACUUGGAACAUACCUUCUUCAAGGCGUUAACCGUGUGCCACACCGUGGAAGUACAUAAGGGUUUGGGAGUAAAUUCUUCGGUAUCAGAGCAAAGUCUGCUGAUGAACGAUGGGAUCGUGGAAAAAUACCAGGCUUCUAGUCCGGAUGAGAAAGCACUGCUGGAAGGUUGUGCACGUUUAGGAAUUUCUUUUGUGGGGCAGAAAAGAAAUUUUCUUUAUAUUAAUAACUCUUGGGGUGUGAAAGAGGAGCUCCGCUUUGAGCGACUUCACGUCCUAGAAUUUAGCUCUGAACGGAAGCGGAUGAGCAUAAUAGUUAGAGAUGAGGCCGGCACUAUCUGGCUUUAUAGUAAGGGUGCCGAGAACGUAAUUUUUCCGAGAUGCAAUCCAAGUCUCCAACUGGAUCAGACAAAUGAUCAGGUGACAAAGUACGCUAAGGAAGGUUUGCGCACUCUUGCGGUUGCUAGGCGCACACUUACAGAAGAAGAUUUUUCUAAAUUUGAGGCUCAGUAUAAACACGCGAACACUCAGCUUAGCAACCGAAAGGAUCUUAUAUCAAAGUGUUACGAAACUGUGGAAGUUGGAAUGGAUCUUCUCGGUUGUACCGCUUUGGAGGACGCUUUGCAAGAUGACGUUAAUGAGACGCUCGAAGCCCUGCAGAGAGCUGGGCUAAAGAUUUGGGUUCUCACCGGAGACAAGAUAGAGACAGCUGUUAACAUCAGCCUAGCUUGUCACCAUAUUCCACAAGGUGCAAGGCCUCACUUCAUCAUCCAACAAACAAAAAAAAAAGAAUUGCUCAGUCGCUUGCGAGAAAUUGAAACUACUGACCCGGAGGUAUUGGUGAUCGACGGCACCACAAUUGCUGCCCUUCUAAAGCACUUGCCCCAACAGUUUUCUGACCUCGCCCUUCGCUGUCGGGCCGUUCUAUGCUGUCGAUUAAGUCCACUUCAGAAAAGCGAGAUUGUAUCAUUAAUCAAGCGACGAAAGAAGCACAUUACCGCGGCCAUUGGGGACGGGGCCAAUGACAUAUCUAUGAUCCAAGAGGCGCACAUCGGUAUAGGAAUCGCCGGUCGUGAAGGCAAGCAGGCGGCCCGAUGUGCCGAUUUUUCUGUAGUCCGUUUUGAAAUGCUGCGCCGUUUACUUUUAGUCCACGGGCACUAUAAUUCACAGCGUCUUGCCCUUAUGGUGCUCUUUUAUUGCUAUAAGAACAUCAUCAUCACUGGCUGCAUGGCACUCUUUCAGGUUUAUGAUCUCUUCUCGGCCACCAACGUCUACAACUCGCUUUACCUUUGGCUUUUCGACAUCGUCUACAUCUCCUUUAGUUUCACAUACCUCGCCCUAACUGAUAAGAAUUAUAAUGAAGAAACGCUGCUUAGGCAUCCCGAGUUAUACCAAAAGUUGGCGCACAACAAGCAUGCAUCAAUGGGCGUAUUUGGAUUGUGGAUGCUUAAUGGAUUCGUGCAUUGUUUUAUAAUAUUUUAUUUCGCCUACGCUGUACUUAAUAAUGAAAAUGUGGUACACACGGUAGGACAGACUGCCAGCUUUCAGACCUUUGGCACUAUGCUAAUUACUAUAAUUGUGAUAGUGGGAAACCUUAAACUCCUACUAAUAGCCCGGUAUAUGACUUACAUAAACAUUGUUCUGAUAUUCGUUUCAAUCGCAGCGUACAUGAUCACUACGUUUCUAUAUAACUUGUACAAAGGCGGGGAGCUUUUUGACGUCUAUAAUCAGUUCCUGGCAUCCCUACCCCUUUGGCUGUACACGAUUAUUUGUUCGGUGGCGUGCCUACUUCCAGACCUUGCGGUGAAGAUCAUGAGAGAUCUGCGACGACAGACUAAUACCGGCGAUGAAACCAAAUCCGACAAUAAGAUCCACAAACCUGUCGAAGAGAAAGUAUAGCAUUGCCAAAGGC